CAUGAAGAAAAGUAGGAGUGUAAUGACUGUCCCUACAGAAGGUAGUGCAAAAGAUUAUUUAGAAUGUCGUCUCAGCAAGUCUUAUAGUGCGUCCAGCAACACCCUCGGCAUAGAUCUCUGGAGAGGAAGAAGAUGCUGCUCUGGUAAUUUAUUAUUACCACCAUUAUCUCAACGACAGAGUGAAAAAGCAAGAACACCAGAUAACAUUUCUAGACCCACAACUUUGCCUUUAUUGACGCUUCCUAGUAUUGCCAUCACUACUUAUCAGGAUAGGUAAGUUGUUUCUUUAAGAUUUAAUUGUAGAACUUUCUUCCUGAUACUGAAGUCACAGACAUA